ACCUCUUAAAAUCAGCCUGCAAGUCGAUCGACAUAUCAACGUUCCAGUCAAAGAGUCGUUCUUAGUUUCGAUAUAUUUCAUCAUUGUUAUGGCAAGUUUACCCCUCUUACCGGGAUAUACUUUUCGAGAUAUUACCGUCAAGGAUUACAAAUUGCCGCACAAACUCGACGUUUUAAAUGGCUUCCCUGUGAUACGCGAUACCAAUUACGGUAUCGGAAGGAGAUUAACGGAUGCAGCAUCCAUUCGAUAUGCCGAAGGUCUAGACCCUGUGGAAUAUGAUAUAUCGUCGAUUUAUGGCCCGGUGCCUUGCUACGUGUACCGACAAUUUGUGCCUCAUUACGCGGUGUUCGCACAGAAGUGUCUCCGCUUUAAAGCCUUCUUCCGCCAAGGAGUCUUCAACUCUCCGGACGAACAUUAUCGCGUUCGUCAUGUAGACAUUAUCUAUUACUUAGAAGACGACACGCUCUGCUUGAUAGAGCCCGUGGUGAAGAACGCUGGUUUUCGGCAGGGUAAGCUGGUGAGACGUGACAAGAUUCCGAAGAAUGCCAAGGGAGAUCUGUUCAUCUGGAAGGAUUUCAACGUCGGGAUUGAUAUUUGUAUUUAUGGCGUGGUUUAUCACAUCGUCGAUUGUGACCCGUUUACCAGAGAGUUCCUGACGAGUCAAGGUAUCGAUGUCGGUGAAAAAGAAAAUCUUCCUGCGGAUCCUUACACUGAAUGGCGCGAUGCCAUGUGCAGGACACCAACAGGGGUCACACGAGUGAUGGGCGACGAUUCCAGGCGACGCUUUCUCGAAUACGAUGGUAUGGUGCUGUCUUUUGAUGCAACAUGGAAUGGAGAUCGUUAUCGGGUGAUGUAUUUCCUGACGGAUGACACCGUAGCGAUCCGAGAGAUUCACGAACCCAAUGACGGCAAGGACGUGGCGAUGUUGCUGAAACGAAUGCGUGUGCCUAAGAACUGGCAGAAUUUGCCAUCUUGGCAUCCGAGUAUCUAUAUGGGAUAUGGAGAUCCCGAGAUCGUGGAGUACUAUGCACCGCGAGAUUUUAGAGUAGGCGAAACGAUCCUCCUAUUCGGACGAUGCUUUCUGCUGCAUGACUGCGAUGCUUUCACGCGCAAAUAUUACUCCGACAUGCUAGGUACACCGCAACUGGACGCAAUUCCGAUCUCCACAAAAGUGGAAAGGUCAGCACCGAAGUACGAGAUACCACCGCACAUAAAGUUCGGCAGUCCCGAAGAUACGUACGCUAGCUGUUUGUCGUUUAUACCGAAGCCACCCAAAAAGAAUGUCAUUCGCCAGCUGGAAAACUUCCCGAAGAAGCUGCGCUACUCCGCGCGAAUGGAUGCAAUACACCCAGAGGAUGAGGGCCGUGACUUCGUGCUGGAGUACAGCCUAAGUCACGGUACCAUUCAAAUCAAUGAGAUCGAGAAACCAAAUUCUGGUCGACGUGAGGGCUGCUUCCUAUCCUCCAGAUUGAUUCCGAAACCAUGCACAGGAAACGAUAAUCCGGAGUACUAUACGCCGCAGGAUCUUUUCAUUGGCGCACGCAUCAACGUGUUUAAUCAUCGCUUUAUCAUUACCGGCGCUGAUCUAUUCGUGUAUCGCUAUAUUGACGCAAAUAGCGAUAAAUUUUGCCAGAAAGUCUUGGAGAAUCUGCGCAAUUAUUUUCUACGACAGGAUAUGCUACAGGACGACGUGGACGCUGAAGCUAGAAAGAUACAAACGCUGGAGGAUGAACAAAAGCUUUUCACGGAUAAUGUAACCGCGAAAAACAUCGAGGAUGAUAUUAGUACAGGCAAAUGCAUGGACAAAGAAUUUGAUAUGACUGGUCAUAAAGAAUUGACAACGACUUAAUUAAUUAAUUAACGCAUAAAUGGAUUUAUCGGCAUUUUCAAUACCGAUGCUUCAACCUAUGAGGUUCGCUAAUAAAUUUUACAAGCAAUUCUUUUCGUCCUUUAUAAAAAUAGCACUGCCUUAUAUACAGAGUAAUUCUGAAUAAUGUUAACAAAAAAUUGUUUCCUUGAAAUUCAAAAUUUCUCUUUA